CCAGGGCGUUGCCAUGGUUACCAGGUUUUAUAAGGAUUUAAUUGGGGAGUACAAGUUGGAUCGGGGGGGAUUUUUCGGGGGGAAGGGGUUGGAAUUUAAUGAUUGGGAGGGGCUGUUUUUGAAUCUCGUGGGGGAAGUGUUCGGGAUGCGGGUGCUGUUUGGGAAUAGUGGGGGGGAUUGUGGGGGGAUGAAGAUUUUAUCCUGGUCAAGAUGGAUCAGCAGAUCCCAUCGCCAUGGAUACCCUCUUCAGACCUAAUCCACCCCCUGACAAAGCAAUUUAGCUUAACCCGCACCGAGUACGAGUUGCACCCGCCGUACGUCACCAUGGAAACCUUUUCGCCCUUCGUCCAUCCCGAUUAUCACCAUAGAGAUUUGUUAUUAAAUCCGUUGCCAUUGUUACAUCCUGUCGUCAUAGCAACGCUGAUUUUAAAUCGGGAGGAGGAUCUUGUGGAUUUGGGGGAUGUCGCCGUGAGGGCCGUGGUCGCGGUGAUGGAGGAGGCCGGGCCGGCUAGGGUUUUGGGCAGGGGGGAGGUGAUUGAGGUGGGGUUUGGGAGUGAGGGGAGUGGGAGUGAGAGUGAGGGGGAGAGUGGGAGUGGUGAGGGGGAGGAGGAAAUUGUGAUGAAUAAUAGUUACCUUGGAACUAGUGUUUAAAUUGUUGUUAUGGUUUUUUUUUGUAUUUUUUUAUAGGAAAUAAAUUGUUUUUGGAAGGUGUUUCCAUGGAUUAAUUA